GGACUGGGAGCAGCCAGCUUUGAUAACGUUAGCUCAAAGCCAGUCUGCGGCUUCUUUUCCUUACGAGCCGAGCUGCACCCUGUAACAAGGCACCAGCGGUGCUCCAUCUGCUCUACUGGGAACCAGGGAUUCCUCCCUGUUGGUCACAACCAAAGCACCUGUGUGAACUGGAUCUCUGGCUCUGACGGGAAAAUAAAGCCACGGUGGACGGAAACGCAGCGUUUUGUUUGUCACCAUGUUUAAUCUAAAGAAAAAGGAUAAGGAGAGGGAAGGGAGUAGGAAGGAUAAGAAAGAUAAGAAGGAGAGGAUGUCUGCCGCAGAGCUACGCAGCCUGGAAGAGAUGAGCAUGCGGCGUGGUUUCUUCAACCUGAAGAGGGAGGCGAAGCGUGAGUCCAAGAACAAACUGGAGAUCUCCAACCCCAUUCCCAUCAAAGUGGCCAGCAGCAACGAGCUCACCCUCACUGACAUUGAAUCGGACGGCCUGAGCAACCGGAGCAGCAUGGUCCUGGAUGAGCAGCUGAGCGCCGCCAGCUCCACUGAUGACCUGAAGGGUGAGGACGGAGGAGGACAGGACGGCCGCCGCGGCUCAGUACGUGACCGCGUGGCUCACUUUGGUUCACUUGCCAAGACGAACUCCUCUCAGGUGGGCCAGAUGAUGAAACGCUUCUCAUUUUCGCAGAAGAGCAAAGAGGAGAGCCCUUCAGAAGGCUCCACCCCCUCCGGCCAGAACUCUGCCGCUCCUUCCCCUCAAGUGGAGAGCAAAGUUUUCAGCAUGCUCCGCAAGCACAGCCUGAAGCAGCAGCCCGAAGCAGCACCGGCCACCAAAAAAGUAGUCUCCAUCCCCGAAGUGGUGGACAAGACCUUCCCUGCGCAGCUGCAGCUGCCCGCUGUAGUUGCGCCAAGUGAACCAGAAAUACGCGAGCUCGAGCUGCAACGCCGCAACACCGGCGACUUUGGAUUUUCUUUGCGUCGCACCACUAUGCUGGACCGCAGUCCUGACGGGGGAGUGUACAGGCGCGUGGUCCACUUUGCCGAGCCUGGCGCCGGGACCAAGGACCUGGCACUGGGGCUGGUGCCAGGCGACAGGCUGGUAGAGAUAAAUGGAAGGAAUGUGGAGAACAAGAGCCGGGACGAGAUAGUGGAGAUGAUCCGUCAGUCGGGAGACACGGUGAGGCUGAAGGUGCAGCCCAUCCUGGAGCUGAGCGAGCUGAGCCGCUGCUGGCUGAGGAACACCGAGGGCCUACGCAGGGAGGCCAGACAUGGAUCAGUGGAAGAGGACCCUGUGGCCCUCCUUCAGGCAUCUCAUGCUGCAGCUCAGCAAUCCCAGGUGAAGACAGAGGAGCAGAUCGCAGCAGAGCAAGCCUGGUAUGGAUCAGAGAAAGUCUGGCUAGUCCACAAAAAUGGCUUCUCCCUGGCCACCGUGGUGAAGACGGAGGCUGGCUCCCUACCGGAGGGCAAGCUGAAAAUCAAACUGGAGCAUGAUGGAACAAUACUGGAUGUGGACGAAGAUGAUGUAGAAAAGGCCAACCCUCCAUCAUACAACCGGUCCGAGGACCUGGCUUCUCUGCUCUAUCUGAAUGAAUCCAGUGUGAUGCACUGCCUGAGGCAGCGCUAUGGAGGCAACCUCAACCAUACAUACGCUGGACCCAAUAUGGUCGUCAUUAACCCCCUCAGUACACCCUCCAUGUACUCUGAGAAGGUGAUGCACAUGUUCAAAGGCUGUCGGCGUGAGGAUUCUGCACCUCAUAUCUACUCUGUGGCUCAGUCUGCCUACCGCAACCUGCUCACCACCCGGCAGGAUCAGUCCAUCGUGCUGCUGGGCAAGUCCGGCAGCGGCAAGACCACCAACUGUCAGCACCUGGUCCAGUACCUCGUGUCCAUCGCCGGCAGCACAGGCAAAAUAUUCUCCGCUGAGAAGUGGCAGGCUGUCUACACCAUCCUGGAGGCUUUUGGCAACAGCUCCACCUCUAUGAACACCAACGCUAGCCGCUUCUCCCACGUAGUGUCCCUGGAUUUUGACCAGGCUGGGCAGGUGGCCUCCGCCUCCAUCCAGACGAUGCUGCUGGAGAAACUGAGGGUGAGCAAACGCCCCGAGGCAGAGUCCACCUUCAACGUCUUUUACUACACGAUGGCUGGAGCCGACAGCAGCCUGAGAACGGAGCUGCACUUCAACCACCUGGCUGAGAACAGUGCUUUUGGGAUCCUACCACAGUCUAAGCCUGAAGACAAGCAGAGAGCCUCGCAGCAGUUCACCAAGCUGCAGGCAGCCAUGAAGGUGCUGGGCAUCUCUAGUGAAGAGCAGAAGGCCCUCUGGCUCAUCCUGGGGGCCAUUUACCACCUGGGGGCUGCAGGAGCCACUAAAGCGGGGCGUCGGCAAUUUGCCAAACAUGAAUGGGCCCAGAAGGCUGCCUACCUGCUGGGCUGUACCUUGGAGGAGCUGUCCUCUUCUAUCUUUAAGCACCAGGCUAAAGGACUGCAGCAUUCCACCUCGUUCAGAGGAGGACCGGAUGAGGCAGGCCAAGGUGACAGCUCAGCCUCGAAGAUCACAGCUCUGGAGUGUUUGGAGGCCAUGGCAUCUGGACUCUACUCGGAGCUCUUCACUCUUGUCAUCUCCCUCAUUAACAGGGCUCUAAAGUCCAGUCAGCACUCUCUGUGCUCGCUGCUCAUAGUGGACACUCCAGGAUUCCAGAACCCCCGGCUUGCUCAGCAGCAGCGGGGAGCCACGUUUGAAGAGCUCUGCCACAACUACACACAGGAAAGACUGCAAACCCUGUUCCAUGAACGCACCUUCGUCCAGGAGCUGGAGAGAUACAAGGAGGAAAACAUAGAGCUUGCUUUAGAUGACAUAGAGUCCAGUACCUCACUGUCUGUAGCAGCUAUUGACCAAGCCUCAACCCAAGCUCUGGUGCGCACUCUGGCCAGGACGGAUGAGGCUCGAGGCCUGCUGUGGCUGAUGGAGGAGGAGGCUGUUCAGCCUGGAGGUUCAGAGGAAACCAUGCUGGAGAGACUCUUCAGCUACUACGGCUCUGCACAGGGAGAAAACAAAGGAGCCAGUCUGCUGCUGCGAGGAGAGAAGCCCCACCUCUUCCUGUUGGGCCACAGCCACGGGACAGACUGGGUGGAGUACAACACUCAGGGCUGGCUGAGCCACGCCAAGCACAACCCUGCUGCCCAGAACGCUGCCAUGCUGCUGCAGGACUCCCAAAAGAAGAACAUCAGCGGGCUGUUUAUGGGCCGGGCCAGCGGGGCCACAGUGUUGUCGGGCUCCAUCGCUGGUCUGGAGGGCACCUCCCAGCUCGCCCUGCGCCGAGCCACCAGCAUGAGGAAAACGUUCACCACAGGAGUGGCUGCUGUCAAGAAAAAAAGCCUGUGUAUCCAGGUCAAACUCCAAGUGGAUGCUCUGAUUGACAUGGUGCGUCGUUCCAGGGUUCACUUCGUCCACUGCCUUCUGCCCAAGGCGGAGGCAGUGGGUGGUGGAGGUGAGCCCCGCGUGACGCACGGAGAGAGCGCCGACUCAGGCCUUAUGACUCUGGAUGUGGGUCUUCUGAGAGCUCAACUCCGAGGAUCCAAGCUGCUGGAUGCACUGCGCAUCUACAGGCAAGGAUACCCAGACCACAUGGUGUUUUCUGAGUUCCGCAGGCGCUUUGAUGUCCUGGCACCACAUCUGACCAAGAAGCAUGGCCGCCACUACAUUGUCACGGAUGAGAAGAGGGCAGUGGAGGAGUUGCUGGAGUCCUUGGAGCUGGAGAAGAGCAGCUACCACAUGGGGCUGAGCCGGGUGUUCUUCAGAGCAGGGACUCUAUCAAGGCUGGAGGAGCAGCGAGACGUUCAGACCAGGACGAACAUCUCUCUGUUCCAGGCUGCCUGCAGGGGAUACCUGUCCAGACAGGCCUUCAAGAAAAGAAAGAUCCAGGAUCUGGCCAUCCGCUGCAUCCAGAAGAACAUCAAGAAGAAUCGUGGUGUCAAAGGCUGGCCAUGGUGGAAACUCUUCACCACGGUCAGACCUCUGAUAGAGGUGCAGCUGACUGAGGAACAGAUCCGUGGCAAGGAUGAAGAGAUCCAGCAGCUGAAGCAGAAGCUGGAGAAGGUGGAGAAAGAGAGGAACGAGCUGAGACUCAGCAGCGACCGUCUUGAGAGCCGGAUCACAGAGCUGUCAUCAGAGCUGGCUGAUGAGCGCAACACUGGGGAGUCAGCCUCUCAGCUGCUGGAGAGUGAAACUUCCGAGAGACUCCGCCUGGAGAAGGACAUGAAGGACCUGCAGGCCAAGUUUGACAGCAUGAAGAAACAGACAGAGUCCAUGGAGAUGGAGGUGAUGGAGGCCCGACUCAUCCGAGCGUCUGAACUUAACGGGGAGAUGGAAGAUGACGACACAGGAGGAGAGUGGAGGCUGAAGUAUGAACGAGCCAUCAGAGAGAUUGAAUUCACCAAGAAGAGACUGCAGCAGGAGUUUGAUGACAAGCUGGAGGUGGAGCAGCAGAACAAACGGCAGCUGGAGAGGAGAAUCAGCGACCUGCAGGCCGAUAAUGAGGAAUCCCAGCGAAACAUCCAGCAGCUGAAGAAGAAAACUCAACGUCUGACGGCUGAACUGCAGGACACCAAACUUCACCUGGAGGGCCAACAGAGCCGCAACCACGACCUGGAGAAGAAGCAGAGGAAGUUUGACAGUGAGCUGAGUGGAGCCCAGGAGGAGGUGCAGAGGGAGCGCAGCCUGAGGGAGAAACUGGCCCGAGAGAAAGACAUGCUGACUGGAGAUGCCUUCAGCCUCCGACAGCAGCUGGAGGACAAGGACCUGGAGGUGUGUGCAGUCAACCUCAAACUGGACCAGCUGGAGGCCGAGCUGCAGGACCUCAACUCCCAGGAGUCCAAGGACGAGGCAUCGCUGGCCAAGGUGAGGAAGCAGCUUCGUGACAUGGAGGCCAAGCUGAAGGACCAGGAGGAGGAGCUGGACGAGCAGGCCGGCACCAUCCAGAUGUUGGAGCAGGCCAAGCUUCGUCUGGAGAUGGAGAUGGAGCGUUUGCGUCAAACUCAUUCCAAAGAUGUCGAGAGCAAAGACGAUGAGGUGGAGGAGAUCAGACAGUCCUGCAGCAAGAAACUGAAGCAAAUAGAAGUCCAGCUUGAAGAAGAGUACGAUGAGAAGCAGAAGGUGCUGAAAGAGAAGAGAGAGCUGGAGUCAAAGCUUCUGUCAGCACAGGACCAGGUGAGAAGUGGUGACAUGGAGACGGAGAAGCGUUUGAGGAAAGACCUGAAGAGAACCAAGGCUCUGCUGGCUGAUGCCCAGAUCAUGUUGGACCACAUAAAGAACAACGCACCCAGCAAGAGGGAGAUCGCCCAGCUCAAAAACCAGCUGGAGGAGUCUGAGUUCACUUGUGCGGCUGCAGUUAAAGCUCGUAAGUCCAUGGAGGUGGAGAUUGAAGAUCUGCACGUUCAGAUGGAGGACAUCUCCAAAACAAAACAGGGGCUGGAGGAGCAGCUGAGCCGUCUACAGAGAGAGAAGAACGACCUGCAGUCCAGGAUGGAGGAGGACCAGGAGGACCUCAACGAGCUGAUGAAGAAACACAAGGCUGCUGUGGCCCAGUCAGCCCAGAACCUGGCUCAGAUCAGUGACCUACAAGCCCAGCUGGAGGAGGCCCUCAAGGAGAAGCAGGAGGUUCAGGAGAAGAUGCAAGCCCUCCAGAGCCAGCUGGAGUUUCAGGAGCAGUCCAUGGUGGAGAAAUCCCUCGUCAGCCGACAAGAGGCCAAGAUCCGCGAGCUGGAGACCAAGCUGGAGUUUGAGAAGACCCAGGUCAAACGCCUGGAGAGCCUUGUAACUCGUCUUAAGGAGAACAUGGAGAAGCUGACAGAGGAACGAGACCAGCGCAGCAGCAGCGAGAUUCGAGAGAAGGAACAGAACAAACGCCUGCAGAGACAGAUCCGUGAUGUCAAAGAGGAGAUGGGUGAACUGGCCAAGAAGGAAACUGAAGCCAGUCGCAAAAAACACGAGCUGGAAAUGGACAUUGAGAGCUUAGAGGCUGCCAAUCAGAGCCUGCAAGCAGACCUCAAGCUGGCCUUCAAAAGGAUCGGUGACCUGCAGGCAGCCAUCGAGGACGAGAUGGAGAGUGACGAUAAUGAGGACCUUAUCAACAGUUUGCAAGACAUGGUGACAAAGUAUCAAAAAAGACAGAACAGAGCUCAGGGGGAUUCAGACACAGACUCUGAGGUGGAGGAUCGUGUGGAUGGGGUGAAGUCCUGGUUGUCUAAAAGCAAAGGUUCUACCAAGAACCUGUCAGACGAUGGCAGCCUCAAGAGCUCCAGCCCCACUGGUCGAAGACACUACUACUUUAAUAGAUCUGAUGACGAGGAGGAGGAAGAAGAAAAAGAGGAAGGCGGGGCCACCCAGGGCGCCUACUACUCUCGAUACAGAUACGGCAGUCAACUGAAAGACGACGAUGGCGAGGACGGGCUCUACGAGAGCACGUCCUAGUCCUGGCCGUCAGCUCCCCUCACUGUGACACUGUGACAGUUUGUCCUGCAUGCAAAGUUGACCACAACGAGGUCAGGUGGACACAACAGAUAUUAACUCACAAAUGUGUAAGAAAACGUGUUUCCGGCACUCAGAGCUUCCUAUAGCAGACAUUUACAGGACUUGGUCACAGUUUGAGAAACAACAUGGUGUUUUUGACUUGGCACUCAUCAGUCUGAGCUCUCUGCACACACAGCUGCUCCUUUAUUAACAGCUCAGCUCUGCUGGUUGCAUGCAAGCAGCCGUUGCUUGGCUUGAGCAGCCAGCCUGUAUGGUUGCCACUGAGCCAAAGAACUUGAGGUUGCAAUGAUAAUAGAUUAUUUCUGUCUCUCUCUUUGUGUCUCUUCCACUCUUCCUUACAUAUAGUACACACACAAUAGUAUGUAUUGCCAUAUUACAAUGUAUUGCCAAAAAGCCUUUGUUCAAGUAUGUGUGCAGAUGGUUUUACUUAUUGCCAAUUGAUGCCGAGUCCUGGGAAAAGUCCCAGCUUUUUUUUUUUUUUCCUUCUUAUUCUUAUUUCUAUUUUGGGACAAGUGCCAUUUGAUUUGAGUGGGCUCCUCUACAGCUGGCUUUGGGGCAUUUCAUGAACUGCUGCACCAUACACCGAGGAUGCUCUCAUCAUCAUGCUCACAUUUUGUUUGCCUAAGAAGUUUUUCUGCCUUUUGCUGGCAAAGGAUCUGUUCCUCAUAGGGGAGGAUGAUUGCAUCACUAAGUGCGCCGCAAUAAAAGCAAAGCCUUUUUCUCCAUUUGAAUCUUUUGUUUUUGAUGUUUGAUAGGUUUGUUUUGCAGAGGACUGCCGUCAACCAAAUGAAUUCCCACGAGGUGUGAGCGUACCUCUGCAAAAGGCCUUGUGUUGUGUCAAGUGCUUGCCACAACUCUUUAGUGAUGAGGAGACUUAUUCUUUGUCCUUGUGCUUGUCAUUCACAUGUCGUCUGUGUUUUGUUUUAAGUUUGAUGAGCUUUCAUUUUCCAGAGGGAAUGUUCUUGUACUUGACUUUGGACACCAGUCAUUUGUAUGGUAACCUCAACCAGCAUGUUCAAGGGAAAACAAACCGGUGUUAUUCUAUAUUUUUCUUACUGUGAGCAAACCUGACAGGGUCAAACCCAACAAUGUGUUUCUUGACCUUUGGGAAUAGUAUUUUUAACAAAAUAUUAUAGGACUCGAAGCCCUAAGCCAACACAAAUCAUGAAAUAUGCCUUACAAAGAAAUAGUUAGAUGUUUCGUUUUAUGUUUUUAACCUCCCAGGCAUAUGAGAGGGAAUAAUAAUACAAUUAUAAUAAUACAGUUUGCAUUUUGUUCAAGAGACAUAUUGGUAUUAUCCAUUUUUAUUUAAUAACUUCAGUUAGAGCAGAGUUAUUGAAAAGUGGAUGGUGCUACACUGGCAAAAAAAAAAAGAAAAAAGAUUUAAACAGAUUUUAACCAACAUGUCAUUUUUUUCUAUUAAAUCUUAAUACAACACACUUGCCCUAAAGUAUGUUGUGUAAUGAACAGUGUUCUGUCCAGUCACUGUGCCUCCUCUGCCUUGCUCCAGUCACAAGCUUUCAUUACUUUAAGACAGGAACACUUUACAAAGUCAGAAAAGUUUUUCAGUCCAUAUUGUCAAAUUCAAAUACACCAGUUACAUUAAUAUUGUUUCUGGUGAUUUUGUGUCCUGAUUAUUCGUUAAGCAUGGUUAGAUAGCUUUCUGUUUUUGCAAGAACCUAGUCUACAGAAAGAGUAAGGCAACAGGGCAGCCAAUUGGCCAGAGCUACUUGUUGUUGCACUUAUACACAUUUACACAGAUCAAAUAUUAGAUCUUUUGUCCCACAAAUUGUGAUUGCAAGGGACAGACGUAUCAGCCAACAGGCUGUAAUAAUUUCUCUCUGCUCAAAGGUCAGCACUGUCAGGAUUUGCUAUUGAUCAGUGGUGAAAAUACUAAGCACACUACAAAAAAGGUGUGUCUAAAAACAGUAAAUCUGAGGGAAAUGAUCUUGCUGCAUGGACAGAUAAUUUCACUUGACAAGAUUUCUUAAAUUAAGAUUGUUAAAU